UACAUUUAUACCCUGUGUCCCUAAGGUGAUAUACAUACACAGCCCCCAUAUACACACAUACACGCCCCUAUAUACACACAUUAUUGCCGGCAUGUACACACAUGCACGCCGACAUAUACACACAUACACAGCCCCAUAUACACACACAAACAGCUCCCAUAACACACAUACACUGGCCUGUAUACAUGAACACACACAUACACACCCCCAUAUACACCCACAUACACAGCCCCAUAUACACAGUUCCCAUAACACACAUACACUGCCCCAGGGACAUGCACACAUAGGAGUGAAAGGGGACUGGAGCCCCUGCCCUUUUCCUCACCUGCCCCUCUAGUGCCCUCACAAAAGGAGCUGCAGUGCAGACUCAGGGUGACAGGUGAAGUAAAAAGGAUCCAUUGCUGGGGAGAUUUGUAUGGGGUUUAAUGUAGGGUGCUGUGCCCUCCCUGCAGCAAGGGGGCGCCACUUACCCUGUAAUUAUCUGCCAUUUCUCAGCUUCUCUCCACACGGAGGAGACAGGAGCAGAGGAGGCAGAGAAGCCUCGCCCACAGCAUGUCCGGCCACAAACUUCAGUCUAUGCAGCCCUUACUGUCUAUAAUAUGGAAUCUUUACAGGAAAGUUCUGGAGGAACAAUGAGUGGACUAGAAAACCCCAUAUCAGAGAAUGGAGAGAAGCCAUUUUCAUGUCUGAAAUGUGGAAAAUAUUUUAGUAAGAAAUCACAUCUUGUAACUCAUCAGAGAACUCACACAGGAGAGAAGCCAUUUUCAUGUCCGGAAUGUGUGAAGAGUUUUAGUCAAAAAUCAAAUCUUGAAAAUCAUAUAAAAACUCACACAGGAGAGAAGCCAUUUUCAUGUCUGGAAUGUGGAAAAUAUUUUAGUAAGAAAUCACAUCUUGUAACUCAUCAGAGAACUCACACAGGCGAGAAGCCAUUUUCAUGUCCGGAAUGUGGAAAAUAUUUUAGUAAGAAAUCACAUCUUGUAACUCAUCAGAGAACUCACACAGGAGAGAAGCCAUUUUCAUGUUCGGAAUGUGUGAAGAGUUUUAGUCAAAAAUCAAAUCUUGAAAAUCAUAUAAAAACUCACACAGGAGAGAAGCCAUUUUCAUGUCCGGAAUGCGUAAAGAGUUUUAGUCAUAAAUCAAGUCUUGUGGGACAUAUGAGAACUCACACAGGAGAGAAGCCAUUUUCAUGUCCAGAAUGUGUAAAGAAUUUUAGUCAUAAAUCUAGUCUUGUGGAUCAUAUGAGAACUCACACGGGAGAGAAGCCAUUUUCAUGUCCAGAAUGUGUAAAGAAUUUUAGUCAUAAAUCACAUCUUGUGCAUCAUAUGAGAACUCACACAGGAGAGAAGCCAUUUCCAUGUCCGAAAUGUGUAAAGAGUUUUAGUCAAAAAUCUAAUCUUGAAAAACAUAUGAGAACUCACACGGGAGAGAAGCCAUUUUUAUGUCCAGAAUGAGUAGAGUUUUAGUCAUAAAUCAAGUCUUGUGGAAUAUAUGAGAACUCACACAGGAGAGAAGCCAUUUUCAUGUCCAGAAUAUAUGAAGAGUUUUACACAGAAAGCAACUCUUUUACAUCAUAUGAAAACUCACACAGGAGAGAAGCCAUUUUCAUGUUCAGAAUGUGGAAAAUCAUGUACUGAAGAAACAACUCUUGUGGGACGCCAGAGAACUCACACAGGAGAGAAGCCAUGUUCAUGCUUGGAAUGUGGAAAUGUUUUAGGCUGAAAUCACAUGUUUUUAAACAUCAAAUGAUUCACAUAGGAGAAAAACCAUUUUCAUGUCUGGAAUGUGCAAAGUGUUUUACUAAUAAAAAAAAAAAUCUUGAGGGACAUCUGAGAAGUCACACAGGAGAGAAGCCAUUGUCAUAUAUAGUAUGUGGAUAAUGUGUUAACCAAAUAUCAAAUCUGUGGAUCAUCUAAGAACUCAAACAAAGGAGAAGUUAUUUUCAUGUUUAAAAUGUGUAAAAUAUUUUUGACUGA